AUGAAGAGGACUGUAAAUUUGCGUGAUAUGUCAGCAGCAAAUAACGGACAGAUGCCAAUCGGCGGUCAAGAUCAAACAAGAAAAAUAUUGUCAGACUUGCAGAAGGAAAAAGCUAGACUUCGAAUGUUACAACAAGGGGGUGGUGCUGUUGCACCCGGAUCGUCAAGGAUUCCCAUUAAUCCAUCUCUUGCCUCAGCUGAAAAUUCCCAGCAUAUUGGAGCGAACCAAAGAAAUGCCAUGCAAGUUGCUCAGAAUUCAUCAUUUGGAUAUUUUAUUCCACAAGACUCUGCAUUUGGAAAUGUAAUUUUGCCAGUUGUGCCUCGUAUAGGCCCUAAUUAA